CGCUGAACACACCACACAGACCGUCCACCGCCGACUGACCCCCACCGUGCCGAGCCAGGUUCCAUCGCCUCUCUGAGCAACUCGCUCAGUCGCUUCCCGAAGCUGCGGCCACUGCCCACCUUGGUCUCGAUAACCUCGCUGAUCGAGCGCAGCACAUGCGCCAGACACUUCUGCUGUCUCACUCCCGACAGAGCCUGAGCAUCGUAGCUCCGCGCUCGAUCGGUCACCAUCACUCCCGCAUAGUCGGCAGGUACAACCUCCCUGACCUCCUCGUUACGGUGACGAGAGCGCACCUGGUACACCGUGGCGUCAUCGGUCUCGAACGCCAUCAGGAACGCAGACUCUCCGCCCACUCGCCAGCCCGUGUCGUCGGUGUGCACCACCGCGCUCUCACGCACAGACUCCCGAAGCCUACGGUACCCAUCUCCCACAGCGCCCCGGGCACGGCGCAGUGCGUCCUGGGUGAUCGCGCUCUGGCUCAACUCCACACCGGUCAGCGCCCUCAGCACCGUCGGUACCCUACGAACCGGUAUGCCCACUCCGUAGUGCAGCACGUGCGCCGCAGCCAUCACUCUUCUACCCAUACGGUGUGCGCUUGCACCCGUACUGGUCCGGUCCAACAUCGGGAUGCCGUCCUCGUACACGUCUGCCACAGCCACGACACCGGCACAUCUGCACCCGGUAGCUCGUCACCUCGGGUCUGGGCAUCUCGGGAAUGUCGGUCACGUACGCAACAUCCACUCCCUCCUGCUCGAGCACUCCUCCACAUCCGGGACAGUUGUCGUCGUCCACCGACACAUCCACUGGCGGCCCCGACAGCUCAUCUGACAGAGGGUGGCUUACGGUAGCUGAAGUUCCCCAUGCCGGGCUUUCGACCCGGACGUCUGGGCUUUGAGGUCUGUCUGCCCUUGGAGAAUGGCGCCGCCUGGCGCUUGCCCGCUCGCUGCGCUGCGACGAGCUGCUUGCGAAGCUCCUUGAUCGUCGUCGUCAGACGCGCGACCUGAUCUUGCUGUCGGCUGACCAAGGCGAUCAGCUCCCGUCGUGUUCACAGGGUGGAGGGUCUUUGUCCGUGCACAUAGCCGGAGUAUAAGAACAUGUCCAUCACACCGCAACGCCUCAGCCGAAGCCGCUAUCGACUAACUUAAUCGUCCUCAGGCGCUGACGGGUGCAGCUGCAAUCAUCGCUUGGUCACGGUCGCC